AUGGAGGAGUUUCUAGCCGAUCUACGGGAGCUUGACGAGACACAGGAGCGCGUUGAGGCUGUGAGCGGCGGUAUGAUGCGUGCACAGCGCUCAGGCCACAUGGCGCAGGCGCGGGAGAUGGUGGAGAGCUGGGUCCAGGCACUCCGGGCCAGUGAUUUCCAGGCAGAGCGUGUGGCAUUCCUAUACGUGGCUAAUCAUGUGCUGCAGAAGACCUUGUUCGGCGAGUCCGAGGGCAACACGGCGCCACUUUUCGUGGAACUAUUUAGUCAGCAUCUGGAGGAAGCUGUGGCGCUCGUGUGCAACUCCCCUAUGGACCGACAGAAUGUCACGCGGCUGCUGGAAUUGUGGUACGAAAAGAAGAUUUUCUCGGACGCUCACGUGCUUAAGAUGUGGCGCUGCACAGGUGAGGACAUACCGGGAUUUUUGGACGAUGCAGCUGCUGCAGAUGGUGAAGUAAACACCAAGCACAGUAGCAUCUCGGGAAACGACGUGGACAUGGAGGAGCUGCCGAACAACCAUGGCGCAGCGGGUAAGCUUAGCCACGUGCUGCCGAUGAAGCUCAACUCACACUCGGCCAACCCGGUGCUGGACGUGCUAAAAAAGAUUGAUCAUCACAAAACGGCGGUGAAGUUCCUGGAUCAACAAAUCAAACAGAGACAUCAAUUCUUGCUCAAGAAUACUGCAAUGAGGUACCAAACGGCGGCAGAUCUUGUCGCAGACAGAGGAACAGCGUCCGCUCAAAUUAAACAAAGAGCGGAGGAUUGCUUGAAACUAGUGAAAGUGCGCAACGAACAGGCCGCGACCAAAAUUGAGCAGAAACUGGAGCAAUGCGAUGAGAUUGAUUUGGGGCUCAUGGAUGUGACUGAUCACCAAAAGAAGUUCUCCGAAGAGUGGUCGAGCGCUCGGUUCGCGAGUCGAGAGCGCCGAAAACAACGUGAGGAGAUUCAACGCCUAAAGGAUGAGGAGAUUGCUCGCCUGCAUCAGGAAGCGAUUGCCGAGAGCGCAAUGCACGCCAUGAAUCUGGAGGCUGACAUAAAUUCUAAUUCGAAGUCAGAGCUGCAGUCUCUGUCCAAGGAGUUUAAGGACCGUCCACAGGAGAAAGAUGCCAAGACAGACAACGAAAAUGAGCUCGUGUGGAACCCCUUGAAAUGA